AACAUCCAAACUAACAACAUUCUUCUUCAUCCAUCCAUAUCUACUUCCUCCGCGUCACCUUGGACUUAGAUACUCGCGGGUGAGGGAAAGAUGUCCUCAUCACUCGCCUCACAAGCUGUCUCGCCAUUCAGUGCAGCGCACAGAUUCUACGUCAAGUCGUUGUACAAACGAUACUUGAAGAACGAGCUGGACUGGACGAUUAAUCGACAGCUCUGGCGGUGGAAGGCGAUGAAGAUUCGGGCUGAGUUUGAGCGGAAUCGGAACGUACACGACCCGCGCGCGCUUGCCGCUAUUUUGGAAAAAGCAGAGGCAGACCUUACUGAUAGGAAGCAUCCGGAUCCAUACAUUUCGCCUGGGUCGCCUGGUGGUUCGAAGUGGGAACGUAACAUUCCGCCGCCCAUUGCACCUAUCUACGACCACGAAGCGGAUCCCCAUCACUAGAGUAAUCAUUGGUAUUCGAUUCGCGAAUCAUAAGUAAACUAUCACAAGAUGGUUAUGUGCAUAAACAGAUCUCAGAUAUCACAGUUGCAGAACAGGGUGCGAAGUAUUCAGCACAAUCAAGGACGUAUUGAGCGGCACUCCUUUGUGGUCAGAGCUUCGAUAUCGAUAUGAUAAAGCCGGUUAGAGCGCUAAUAUCUGAGGGGGUCUAAGAGUAUCUUUCUGCUUGUCAUCAGAGUCGCCAUAACAAUUGGAUUUGAGCGGUGCUUGGCCAGACUUGCAGCUUUUGGAGAGAAGAGAUAUGACGCACAUCUGAGCGUCUUUGUUAAAAUGA